AGCCGGCUGAGGUUGGUAUUAGGAUUUACAUACAUAUUUAAUGUAUCCUACAUUAUCUUAAAUUGUUGCAGUAGGCUUCAUCACCAAGAAAUCAGAAAUUGCAAAGAGAGAUAAAGGUGAACAUCAUAAUCGGCUAUAAUUUGGAAAUUGAAGGCUAGGAAUGCCCUUAAUAGUAAAUCUCAGAUUCAAAAAAUCAUGAAUACUAUUCGAAUCGCAGGAGCACAUGUCAGCAGAUUUUCUUUAGAUGACACUAUUGAUAUCUCUAUGCUUAAUAGUUUCUUCCGUGAUGUUUGCUUUAGUCUUUCAGAUAAGGAAAUCAAAGAUGUGGAGCUUGUAGUUCUUCUGCUAGCCUCUGCCGAGGAGUUUCUCAUGAAGGUGGGAAUGGGAAUAUGGGAUGUUCAGCAUGUGGAAAAAGUUUCUUUCUCAGAGAUCACCCCACUAAGUCGUGCCUCUUGUUUCACUGGCAAGCAAAGAACACAAAGGAAAACGAUGACAGUGAUGAUUCAAACUAAAGUUGUAUUCAAGAAAGAUGGCAGUAAUCAUUAAAAGUCUAUACUUAUAAUAUAGGUUAUGAAAUUAA